ACCAAUCAGAGCACUCAGGUGGAGACGGACCGUGCAAACGAAACCCGCUCCUUCCUCAGGCUUACCUGAAGUGGACCUUUCUGUGGGACUGUCUACAACGUCGCGUUUCUCGACUGGGUUCGAAACCUUCCCUUGAAUUGAGUCGGAACCGAGUGCAGGAGUUGUUCCCCUUUUCUUCCACCAUUUGGAGGAGACGUUUACGACCACCCGUAGAAAAUUCGGUCUCGUAGUUGAGCUAUUUCCGGGUUAGAACUUUUUUUUUAUUUUUUUUAUUUUAACCUUUCGGUCGUUCGGCAACAUGGAUAUAGAAAUGCAGACAGUUAAAAGGAACGGGAACGACACCGUUGGACAUUUGGGGGCCACAGGGAACGGUGACAAUUCCGCUUACAGAUGCCACAGCACCACAGAGAGAAGCAAGUUGAUGGGCCCUCAGAAGAACGGUCACAACGGCGACACGAUGCCUUCAGGACGUCUGGCAGCUGAGGUAUUCAGUACUUCUCAGGGGGGUGUGCUGUACAGGAUGAAGCGUGAGCUUAGCAAGGUGGUGUGCGGCAAAGUACGCCUGUGGAUGGUACUCGUUUUGCUCGCCUUCAUCAUCCCGGCCGUCGUUCUUGGCUCUCUGGCCUGGUGCUCAGCCAUGUACGACGACCCGGACGAGAAGUUCGACCGGUCUUCGUUCCGAGUUCCUCGCCUCUUCAACGGCAGCUUCAGUCUGCCCGGCCUCACCUUCACCGAGGACCUCCUCAGCGUUUCCUCCAAUCAGGGCCGAGCCCUCGCCGGCAACCUGCAAGGCAAGCUGUCAACCCUGUACAAAUCUUCCCCUGCGCUUGGACGCUAUUUCUCCAAAGCUGAAAUUUACGCUCUCCGGAACGGCUCAGUGAUCGCCGAGUAUCGGCUGACGUUCGUUAUGCCCGAGGAGCACGAGGAGCAGCUGAGAAACUUCACGCUGAGCAGGGAGAUGGUGUACAACGUGCUCAGACAGUUCCUCUACGAUCAGCAGGGGAGGGACGCCUCCUCCUCAUCCUCUUUGUACAUCGACCCCGUAUCCCUCAAGUUGUCAUGAGGUGGGUUAUUUGGCUUGCUUGUUCUCCAAAGUGCACAUGACGCCACAAGUGCGGGAAACCACGCAGUCACACUCGCCACCAAGCUUUAGCGCAGACCUAAAGGAGGUACACCUGCACAAUGUCAUGUGAACGUUAUCAGGAGUGAGGAUGAGGUUACACCCUUGGGUGGUGGCCGGGCAGUCACGGGGCAAGUUUACACUCACAUGGACAAUUUAGUCUGAAAAUAACCUAGCAUGCAUGUUUUGGGCAGUUAAACCCAGAUCUCCUGACUGCACUUGAUCAAUGUCAACUCAAAAAUUUUUUUUAUGAAAUGUUCACUGCAACCUCACGUCGGUGAGAGGCUCUGCAAAUGCGGUUAUGCAUAUACUGUAUAACCAAGUGGCUGGCUUUAGUUUGCUCUCUGUCACGUACAUUUAUGACAGGUUUGAUAUUCAUAUGAACAAUGGGAUCAGUGGAAUGUAAACGAGUAUUAUUGUCUUUAUAAAGGCGAGUUGUGUAUACUUUCAAUCAGCUUUUUACGAUAUUACCUGGUGAAUAUUAGCAAGGGGCUGGCCUUUGAGUAAAUGAUAACGAUCCCUCUUUUUGUUGUAAAAUGGAGGAUUAUUGUUUACGUUUUGUAAACCUUCCAGUAUUUUUCUUGUGGUUAAACAACAGAUGUUCCUCCUGCACUGUACUGUCUAUUUCUGUCAUUGUUGCCCACUGACAAAUGUACGAGUAAGUUGAAAAAAAAAAAAACACAAAAUGUGGACUUACACGCUAUUCCUCUCCAAUGAAAAACAUGCAAGUUCACAUUUUGUUUGUUGAAUUAUGAUUAUUUUAAAAAAUGGUUCACUGGCAAUUAGUAAGAAUUGUCCCUUGAUUUGUUGGCUUCGUCGGACGAAGUCCUCGCUCUGACUUUAAUCCCGCCAAAAACCUCUUUUGCCGCUGAUAUGCUUGUCUGCGCCACUAAGUGGAUUAAACGUUCUUAUGCCAAUUUGUUGGGAACAAACAUCCUGCUGUAAUUUUUUCUUUCAUCAAACUGAUUACCUCAUCAUCGUCCAGGCCAAUUGAGGUUCUUUUUCUUAACAGUUCCCAUUAAAGGCCUAACAUGUA